AUUAUAGUUUAGAAAGGGACGGCAAUGCUACACAUUAGGUACAGCCUGCAGCUGGAAAGAUGGCCGUAAAGAUUAUAAGCAUUACUUUGUCAAGGGAGAGUCAAGAGGCCACACGGCUGCCUGGAAACGGCCACCUUAGUAGACGGCAACGUCUACUGAAAUAUCGCUGAAUUCAGAGACUGAGAGGCAGUGACAGGAGAGAGGCCCCCAAGGAAGGAGGAUGCUAAGAGAGCCCGUGCCCACCGAGAUAAACUCCAGGAACCUCACCUGGACCAGGGAAUGUCCAACCUGGACCAGUCUUUUGAUCUGGGUCUUGGCCGAGAUCUUUUCAGCCAAUCCUCGGAGAGGCGCUGCUGCGCUCGUGCCCGGAUCUCUGACGUCAUCCUGGAGCGCCGGAAGCGGCGAGGCACAGAUGUAGUAACCUGAACGUGUCGGUCUCCGCCGUGUUGAGAGCGAUGAUGCGGGUGUGCUGGUUGGUGAGACAGGACAGCGGGCACCAGCGGAUCAAACUUCCCCAUUUGGAAACAGUUGUGAUUGGGCGUGGCCCAGAGACCAAGAUCACUGAUAAAAAAUGUUCACGUCAGCAAGUGCAGUUGAAAGCAGAGUGUAAUAAGGGAUAUGUCAGUGUAAAGCAGGUAGGGGUCAAUCCCACCAGCAUUGACUCAGUUAUAAUUGGGAAGGACCAAGAGGUGAUGCUGCAGCCUGGCCAGGUUCUCCAUAUGGUGAAUGAACUUUAUCCAUAUAUUGUAGAGUUUGAACAAGAAGCAGAGAGCCCUGGCCUGGAAACACAUAGGAAGAGAAAGUGGUCAGGCAGCUGUGAUUCUAUAGAAGAGGAUGCUUCCCAGGGAGCUGAGUCUGGGACAGGGCUGGGACCUGGGAGCAGUCUCAGCCAAUGCUCUGUGGCCCUAAAGAAGGGGAAAGAUGCACCUAUCAAAAAGGAAUCACUGGGCCAUUGGAGUCAAGGCUUGAAGAUAUCUAUGCAGGACCCCAAAAUGCAGGUUUACAAAGAUGAGCAGGUGGUGGUGAUUAAGGAUAAGUAUCCGAAGGCCCGUUAUCACUGGCUGGUCUUACCUUGGGCCUCCAUUUCGAGUCUGAAGACCAUAACCAGGAAACACCUUGAACUCCUCAGACAUAUGCACACUAUUGGUGAAAAGGUGAUUGCAGAUUUUGCUGGGUCCAGCAAACUCUGCUUCCGAUUGGGCUACCACGCCAUUCCUAGUAUGAGCCAUGUACACCUUCAUGUGAUCAGCCAGGAUUUUGAUUCUCCUUGCCUUAAAAACAAAAAACAUUGGAAUUCUUUCAAUACCGAGUACUUUCUAGAAUCACAAGCUGUGAUUGAGAUGGUACAAAAGGCUGGUAGAGUGACUGUCCGAGAUGGGAUGCCUGACCUCUUGAAGCUGCCGCUUCGUUGUCACAAGUGCCAGCAGCUGCUGCCUUCAAUCCCUCAGCUGAAAGAGCAUCUCAGGAAGCACUGGACAGAGUGAUUUGACAGAGCCUGAACUUGUGUCUUGCAUGUGGCCAAUUGUUUGGAGAAAACUCUUGGGACCUGUUCUGGUUUGCUUGCAAACUUCUACCAUUUCCUGAAUUAAAACAUGCAGAUUUUU